AUGAUUAUACAACAACUUCUAUGGAUUUAUUGUCAAAUUAGAUUUGCACAAUAUCUACUUCAAUUUAUUUCAAAUAUUAUCAUACCUGACCAUGAUGCACAUGUAUUCAACCCACCGUUAUGGUCCUUGAAUAAUGGAACAAUUCUCGAUAUUUCUAUUGAUACAUUCUUCUCAGGUUUACGUCGUUGGGAUGCAAUACACUUUCUUUAUAUAGCUAGAUUUGGUUACAUCUAUGAAAAUACCUUAGCAUUUUUUCCUGGUUAUCCAUUAUUAUUUAUUCGUCCAUUAGCUUAUUUUUUAAAUAAAAUCCUUCUCGAAUCAAAUGCAUACUUAUUAAGUGGAAUAUUAAUCAAUUUCGUUUUUGGAUAUUUCAAUACGUGUCUAUUAUAUCAAUUAGGUUUAAAAUAUAAUUUAAAACCUAAUCAUGCAUAUUGGUCCGCAAUACUUUAUAUGAUUAAUCCCGCUACAAUAUUUUUUCUUGCACCGUAUACUGAAACAUUAUUUUUAUUUAGUCAAUUAUUAGGACAUUAUUAUUUAAAAUCGAAUUCGAUAUUUAAAUCCUGUCUUUGUUUUGGAUUUGGUUCAACAGUACGUUCCAAUGGUAUUAUUUCAUUUGGUUUUAUUAUUUAUAAUUAUUUAAAACAGAAAAAAUUACCUCCGAUUUAUUCGAUUAUUUUAUGUAUCGCACCAUUUUUUCUAACACAAUAUUAUCAAUAUAGAGAUUAUUGUUUUGAAAAAGAUCUAUCGAUUGAAUUGAAAACAUAUGGAUUUGAUAAUAAUUUAUCAAUGCCAUUAACAGAUUUUUCAUCAGAAUGGUGUUUAAAACGAAUCCCAUUAUCAUAUCAAUAUGUUCAAAAAACUUAUUGGAAUGUUGGAUUUUUAAAAUAUUAUACAAUAAAACAAAUACCAAAUUUUCUCUUAGCUCUACCUGUAUUUCUAUUAAUUGGUAAUUUUAUAAAAACAUGGUUUUUAUCAAUACGAAAAGAUCUAUGGAAAAGAAAAUUUAAUUAUCUUUUUUUAAAUAAAAAUGAUGAAAAACAAACGAUAUGGUUUAUUACAAAAGAUUUUUUUCCACAUGUAAUUUAUAUGUUAUUUUUAAGUUUAUUUGCAUUAUUUGUUAUGCAUAUACAAGUUACAACACGUUUUCUUUUUUCAAGUGGACCAUUUUUAUAUUUUAUUUGUGCUGAUAGAAUCAAACAAUAUGAGAUAAGAAAUGGAAAUCUUAGAAAAAUUUUUUCUUAUUUAUUUAACAAACAAACAUUUCUUUUUUAUUAUUUUAUUAUUUAUAUUCUUGUUGGUAUUUGUCUUUUUUCAAAUUUUUUACCUUGGACAUAA